UAAGUUUGUUUAGUAUAGUCGAUCGUGGCGGCGGCGGCGCCACUGUGGAAGCACUCAGCCCUUCAAGAUCUACAGGAUGGGUAUGUAAAACGAAAGACAGAAAGAAAGAACAAGAAAGAAAGAAAGAAAGAAGGGACCGACUACCCUCCGUCCCGCAAAAGUCGCUUCUUUUAAGACAAGAGAAAUAAUAGUAGAAAGUGACUGAGCCGGGCCGCCCUCUGCACCCGCGAGGGGGACGAAGAGGACGGACGCCAGGCCCGGAACAGAGCGCGGCUGAGAUUUCAGGGGGGGCGUCCUAAACCCGACCGUUCGCUUCUCGGGGUUCUAGGUCGGACUGGCCCUCCCGGCGGGAUCCCCCUGUGGCUUCGAGUCCCAGGCCCUUUUUGGAAUUCCUGCCUGCCUUUCGUGACAGCCGCGGGAGAAGAUCUCUCUCUCUCUCUCUCUCUCCUUAGUCCUUUAAAGGAGCUGUUUUCUUAGGGGGAGUUGUAGCAGAUCUCCGAAGUUCUGGGGGGGAGGGGGAGUUGCAUAACUUUCCUCCGGGCCUUGACUUGGAUUUGCUUCAACCGUUUGGGGAGAUUCUGCGAGAUAAAGAUACACUUUGGGGAGGGAGGGGAUAACCGCCUUGGAUUUUCUGCCUUGAGGCCUUUUCGCAAGCGAGGGGGGGGGGGGGGGCGUGGGGGAGAAAGGUCGAGGGAGAGCUUUGCUUCGGAAACUUAAUUCGCCGCAGACCGAUACUAGCUCCCGGGAAUCUUGUCCUGGUCGGUCGGAGCAAAGGAGGCUGGAAGUUCUGCGAGGCAACUUUCAAAGGAGAAAUCCUGGCCUGCCGGCUCUGAUUGAUUCCUGCUUCUAGCCCCCUGCCCCUCUCCCUCUUUGCGAGGUCCCGCGGCAAACUUUUUCUGGCUCGAGGUAGGAAAAAUGAAUCCUGCUGCCGUCCCUCCCCCGCCGGGCCAGCAAGUGAUCCAUGUCACCCAGGAUCUGGACACUGACUUAGAGGCUCUCUUCAACUCGGUCAUGAAUCCCAAGCCCAGUUCGUGGAGAAAAAAGAUCCUGCCCGAAUCUUUUUUUCAGGAGCCCGAUUCGGGAUCACAUUCCCGCCAAUCGAGCACCGACUCGGGCAGCCACCCUCCCCGGCUGAGCAGCGCUGCCGUCGGGGUCCACCACGUCCGCUCUCACUCUUCGCCAGCUUCUCUGCAGCUGGGCACCGGGGCGGGAGCCACCCCGACUCCGGCUCAACAGCAUGCCCACCUUCGCCAGCAGUCCUACGACGUGACGGAUGAGCUGCCGCUUCCUCCCGGCUGGGAGAUGGCGCUCACGCACACGGGUCAGAGAUACUUCCUCAACCACAUAGAGAAAAUUACAACUUGGCAAGAUCCUCGAAAGACUAUGACCCAGCCAUUAAAUCACAUGAGCCAUCAUCCUUCAACCACUUCCACCCCAGUAUCACAACGUUCAAUGGCCAUGUCGCAACCCAACCUUGUAAUGAAUCACCAGCACCAGCCACAGAUGACACCAACUACAUCUAUAUCUCAGCAGAACCACCCUCCCCCAAACCCUCAAGCUGCCUUAUUGAACAUGCCAAAUGCAUUGACUUCCCAGCAACAACAACAGCAGAAGCUGAGGCUUCAGAGAAUCCAAAUGGAGAGAGAGAGAAUUCGCAUGCGUCAGGAGGAACUCAUGCGUCAGGAAGCUGAUUUGUACAGACAACUUCCCAUGGAAUCUGAGAACCUUGCCCCUGUUCAUACUGCUGUGAGCACACCUAACAUGACACAGGACAUGAGAUCUAUUACAAAUAAUGGAUCAGAUCCCUUUCUGAACAGUGGGCCAUACCAUUCCAGGGAGCAGAGCACAGACAGUGGCCUAGGCUUAGGAUGUUACAGCAUACCGACUACACCUGAAGACUUCCUCAGCAAUGUAGAUGAGAUGGACACAGGAGAUAAUGUAGCACAGACUUCCAUGAAUAUCAACUCCCAACAGACACGCUUCCCUGACUUCCUUGACUGUCUUCCAGGAACAAACGUUGACCUUGGGACAUUAGAGUCCGAAGACCUGAUUCCCAUCCUUAGUGAUGUGGAAUCAGUCCUCAACAAAAAUGAACCUUUUCUUACCUGGUUGUAACUGAUAACCCAACAUUUCCUUUCCUUCUAGAAUUUAAGGCCAAGCCUCCUCAAGUCCCUCAGCUAACCAGCCUAAUCCUUUGCUGACUUUUCCAGCCCCUUUUUAGGUCAAUGAAUCUUGAUCAGGAUGUCAUUGACAAUAACUUACAUUUGAAAUGUACACGCAUACAAUAUAUACAUCCCUAGUUUUAAGGAAUAGAAUUGCUUAAAGAUAUUAAAUGUAAGUUUUUCCUAGAUGUGUUUUGAGGACACAAAGGGGUGGGGUGGGUUUUUUUUGCACCAUGUCUGAACUGAACGGUCAUCAGUUACACACAGUUAAGUGUAUAAUUAAGGAAAUGAAAGACAGAGAGAUGACUGUAAGAAGUUUUAGACUGCAAAAGUUAGCUUGGUUUUGAAAACCUAGCACACAUUCAAAUACAGCUCUGUGAUUAUAUUUAAUUGCACCAAAUGCUUGUUAUUUACAAGAGCUUUAAAAAUCAUCAUUAUUUUAAAUAAACUCACAUUGUAGGGAAUACAGCUUUUUUCUUUUAAAUUCCAAGUCAACCAGAGAGCAACUUUUUAAAAACUUGCAAAGCACAAACUUUACUGUUGGGACUUUUUUCAGUUGCUAUUUGGUUUCUAGUAAGCAAAAGUUUAGCUGUUGUUUUUACACUACCACUGCAUUAUAAAAUCAACCAGGUUGAUACUAAUUGCUGCCAUUUUUAAACUAUAUAGAAAAUGAAAAAAAUGCAAUAUAUGUUACAUUCUUUUUUAAUUUCAUUUUAAAGAAGUAUACUUUAUAUGUAGCUGUUUUAAAAACUAUUUUAAGAUGAAUCAUAAAAACAAUAAUUUUUUGUUGUGUUAUACACAAACCAAAAAAAAAUUGAAUUUCCAAAUUCUGGAGAAAAACUCACAUUAUUGAAUACAAUAACAAUUUUAUAGAACCACAUUAUCUUUUUUUCUUUUUAGUAAUAAUACAUUUUGUGGAUCAGAUUUUACAAGCUAGAAAUAAUAUCUUCACUUUUAUCAGUUAGGUGAAAGCCAACAUCUUUUUCUCAGUGUAGCAAAAGUGUUUAACUUCUUAGCCAUUUGCCUCUUAAUUCUGGCCUAUGAGACAAAAAAAUAUUGUUGGUGUAUUCCUAGCUUUAUUCAUAUAAAGAUUAUUAAAUAGUUGAUAUCUGGGACUGAGAAUGCAUCAAGGAUUUCAAAUACUCACUUUGCCUGAAAUGCAAAUGACGUCCUAAGAUUAAGUAUUUUAAAUUGUUUUUAUUUAUAAUCUAUGAACAUUAAGCUUUUUUAUAUUGAAAACAUAUCUUUUUAUGGAAGGCAUUAUAAUUAAUACAAGCCUCUUAAUCAGUGAUAUGCAAACCAAACAAAGAGGUAAAGCACAGUGCUAGGCUUCAAGCGUACCAAUAAAAGAGUCAUCAUUGUAUUACGGAACUGGGCAGUCUAUGGCCCUUAUUUUCCAACUUAGUGAAGGAAAAAGGCAGGUGAAAUAGUUUGAAGUCAAUAAGAUAGGUUGUAGAGUGGCUAAGGAGAGAAUGCAGAUAGCAAUGCUGCAGUAUUACAAAGUCAAUUCUGGGGAUUACCUCAGUGGAUCGAUUAAAUAUUGGUGAACACUACUUUGUGGGAGGAUUGUUACUUGAAAGUCUUUGUUUUGAAUGCACCAGGAUAGUUUCCUUUUCACAAUAUUUUAAUCGUGAGUGAUUAAAAAACAAAAUCCAAUAUUUGUGAAGUUUUAAUAUUUGACCCAGAAAAUAUUUUGUGUUUGUUUUAUAAGGGCAGGGAUGGGAAGGCAGACAUAAGUAAGUAGAUUAGUUUGUUUUAGCAGAUUCUUGCACCUACUAGAAAAUAUUUUCCAUCAAUGGGCAUUCUUUCCCUUUUAUUUUAUUUUCAUUUCUUCUUUUUUCAUUUUACUUGCUCACUUAACAUAUAGGAUUAAUCGUUAAAAGAGCAAGAAAUCUGUCUUUAAGCAAUGUUAUUGCAUGUUUUCACUAUUUAAAGAUUAUCAGCCAUGAUAUGAAAACCAGACACUCCUAUGAUGUUUACUAUUUUAGUUAUGUGAACAACUUUCUUCUUUUUUGAUUUUUUUUUCUUACCUGCUUAGAAAAACAGGACUUAUUAAAGGCAGAUCAAAAUCUUACUUUGUUGUAUGGCCAGUGCUUUUGUGCUCAUCAAGAAGCUGCAGAAACACUGCCAUAGAUCUCUUGUUCACUCAGCAUCAGACUGCUUGGCAAUUUUCGGACUUCUGCAGAUUUACAGAUUUAAGACAUACAUAGUAAUAUUUGCUGUGACAGACGGGGCUUCUAGCUAGCAAUAGGGUUCAAUUGAAGGUAGCUCACUUAUUCUAAAAAAGGAUCAGAUCCAAUAGUGUACAUUAAUAUUUGAAGUGACAUUUCCCACAUAUUUGUAGCAACAUCAUGUUCCAUUUUGUACAACCAAAAACAUCCCACCAAAGGAGCUCUUGCAAAUUGUGCAAGUGGUAUGAUUUACCUCUUUUGAUUUGACUUUCCCGAAUUAGUCUGCAUCAAUCGGAAUGACUUCAACUUAAAAUGAAAGUGACUUAGAGAAGGAACUAAACUUCAUCCAGGCUCCAGCUGGAUCUAGGCGAGAGUUAGGAGCAGAAAGGAGAAUAUUGUCUUAGUCCUAUAUGGCACCAAAGAUGGGUAGAGAAGUAAAAUUCAAGCAUUAGAGCAGAAAUUUCAAACCUUUUCUGGCUCAGAUCCUAUUAAUUAAAAAAACUCAGAACCCGCAGAAAAAAGUUAAGUGGCACUAGUAAUUUUAAAAAAUGGCUUUAUUUGAGUAUUUCAAUGGACGGGGAUUAACCCCAGUCUUUUAUACAGAAAGAACUCCAUUACAUCUUCAUGGAACCCUGGGGUUUCCACAGUUUGAAACACAUUACUGUAGAGAAUUGUAGCAAACUGCAAAAAUCCAAAUGACCAUUAAAUGGUAGCAGGAGAUAUAGAAAACACCACAUCUGGCUACCAUUCAAUGAUCCACAUCUAAAUUUUUGCAAUCUAAAUCUGGUAAGCCUAUAAUUUUUAUAAGAAGCAGAAGGAAUUCUGUGCAUAUUUCCUUCUUCAAAGAAAUCACUGGGGAUGCUUGUUAUUGCCAUACCUGUGAUAACUCUGGAAUUGAAGUACAUAAAUAAGUGAAUAGGGAAUACAUAUGAGAAAAUAAUACUUUUAUCCAUAUUCCUCACCAUGAUGAAGGUAAAUGCUAUAAACCUAGAGCCACCAGAACAAGGUUUGAAAAAUCUAGCUGCCCGCUAGAAAAAUCUUAGAAGACUAGCUGCCAACAAAAGAACUACCAUUUUAUUUAUAUUUUGUACCUAGUGGGUUUUUGGAGACCAGAUAUAUUAAAUAGAAAUAAUGCUGAACCAUUCUACUGGGGUGAGGGGAAGCUGCAUUGGAACUAGCAGUAUGCCUUACUUACAUUUACAGCUCUCAGCAGAAUUUCCUAGCCCUGAGUAGAAACUCAAGGGGAAUAAUUUCUGAAUAGGGGUGCAUAGAUACUUUGACUGACAAGUUUAGAGCCCUGCAAGUCUUUUGGGAUUUGAUUUCCAUAAUUCAGUCCCAUAGGACCAAUUGAAAUUCAGGGAGUAGCAGAUCCAAGGCUGGUUUAGAACUAUUAUAUAAGACAGUUAAAUUGAGCAACUAGGUUAACAUAUGAAGGCAUCAUGCAGCAUUAGAACAAAGCCAAUGUUGUUUUGUUUUAAACUGUCAGAACUAUUAUUUUUGAGGAGUGAAGCAUCUAAUAGUAGAGGUUGGAGGUAGGGGGAGAUCCCAGUAAUCACAAAAAUGAGAGAAAUGAAUGAAUAAGUCAAUUUUAUGUCGCAAAGUCCUGUUUUAAUUUUUAAGGGUUGCUUUACCCACAAUGAUUUCUUACUGAUAUAAUGGUUUUUCGUAAAAUUUCAGUGUAAGACUAUGAUUUGUGGUAUUUAAUUACUUUAUUUUUUACACUUUUGCCAGCAAUAAAAACAUAUAGCAGUGGAGCAAUCAUGCGGCCAUUCAAGGAUUUUAAGUUAGGGAAAGGCUCACUCCAGUGCUGACCGUAUAGAAGUUAUGGAAUAUGGAUAACAGUUUUUAAUAUUGAGUGAGGGGAAGUUUUGAGGCCAUUGUUUUUCAAACUGAGUUCUAGAAAAUUCUGAGAUUUUUUUUAGAAGUAGGUUAAGAAUUCCAAUACAAAUUCAAAUUAACUUUCAUUGAAAUGAAUUUGCCCUGCUGAUGUGCAAUGAGCAUGGUGUCUAGUGUUUAUUCCUGAACUAAGACUCAGGAGACCCAGAUACUUGUUCACACUCCUUGAUGAUGUAUUCUGAGCAUCUAGCCAUGUUCUGUUUGUUAACUGUCCUAUGCCACAGGGUGAUUAUGAGAAUAAAGGAAUAAAGUGCUAUAUGCUAUCAUGAACCCUCUGGCAAAAUGGUGGUACAGAAAUGGAAUAGAUAGAUUAAGAAAACUUUUCCUUUUGCAAUAGGGAUUGUAUUGUGGAAUUUGUUUUAAGUUCAUGAAAGGGAAAAGUGAGAUCCAACAGGGCUGGACAGUGCCUUGUGUGCACUUGAAAAUUAUCCCUUUAAACCACUGGAAGGAAUUACUAUGCUAAGGGCAAAAGAGUUCUUUGAAGGCAGAUGUUUAAAAACUGCUAUAUUAGACAUUAAAUUAAUUGAAAAUAAAGCAUUGGAGAAGCCAAUGGUUUUUUUUUAAGAGUUGGAGAAAUUAAAUGCUUACUUUUGGGAAUGGAAAUGGAUGGUAAAACCAGUAUUUCUGUUUUCCUAAUACACUACAUUCAUUUAUGUGCUAACACUUUAAUACUUUUUUUAUUUACAUCAGUUUGUUAUGCUAUAUGCCAUCUUGUGUGAGCAUUUGUUUUCAGUGUAGAAUACUUUGCAUACAUAUGUGUAUGCUUGAAAAUCAGAACAAACAGUUAUAUCCCGAGUUUGUUUCUUUUUUUUUAAAGUAUUUCUUUAUUAUUGUACAAGAAAAAAAUAAAAUAAGUAGAAAUUGAU